AAUCGCUGAGAGACGGUGAGUAGACUCGCUUGCGUUAAGAGAGCCAGAUGGGAACGCUGAGUGAUGUUACACUGUUGUCUACGGCGAUAAUGCAUAUGUUGAGCUGGAAGAGUUCCCUCUGAAUCGUCUAGAUGAAUCUACUCAAGCUAAGUUAUCGAGUUACUCGGUUGCUGAGCACCAAGCACAUCCAUGCGGCUUCCGACACAUCCCCGCUGGGACGCGGUUUCGCGAUUGAGCCGCAAGCAGAAAAUGAAGACCAGGAUCUUCUGCCGAAGCCGGUGAUAACCCGCGUGGAUCGGAUCAACGAGACAACGCUGUGUGUGAACUUUUCAGACAGUACUCGCUGCAGUUUCAAUACUGUGUGGCUUCGGGAUUCAUGUCGAUGUCCUCUAUGUGUCCAUCCUCUUACCCACGGGAGGAAAGUGGAUUGCACCCAGUAUAGCCCGGAAUUGAAUCCAAUAUCAUGGUCGCUGAAGGACUCAAGCGUACUCGAAAUUUCUUGGCCGCGUGAAACGACGAAUGUCCGAGCGAACGAUGGCCAGCAUACGAGUAGUUUUUCGUCAGAAUGGCUUUAUCAGUUCAGACCCCUAUUCGAACGAUCUGAAACAACACCUCCAGAGAUCACCGAGAUAAAAGACGAAACAUACGUGCCGCGAGCAUCGAUUAUUCUUUGGAACCGAGAAACCUUCGAGGAGGAUCCUCCGGAAGUUAGUUUCGGAGAUUUCAUGAGCCUGCGCUCAGGUCUGAAACAAGUACUGAAGAACGUCACGAAGUUUGGUUUCUGUCUCUUGAAAGAUGUGCCGGUCCAAGAAAAUGAGGUGUCUAAGAUCGCCGUGCGCAUGGGCUACGUGCGAGAGAUUGGUUGCGGUAGGACGUUCUCCAUCGGAUCCCCGAGAAAACAGCAUCAGAGGGAACAACCGUCUGCGGCUCCGACCACAAACAAUCUCAACAGUCAAGCUUAUCGGGAAUGGUCUCCUGGGGUGCAGCUGCUACAUUGUAUUCGGAACGACAACCAGACAAUGAAGGAAUCGGCCGCGAUCCAUGAGUUCAUCGAUGGAUUCGCGGCUGCUCAAUGGCUCCGCUACCAUGAUCCGAGCUCUUUCGAUAUUCUCACGCGGACAGCGAUAACCUUCAGUUUCCUCGAUAUCGAGCGUGACAGAUGGCAUCGCGAAACAAAUCCGAUCAUAUCUUUGGACUCACGCGGUCAAAUUCGAGAAGUACAUUACAGCACGCUUUCGAUGCGACCUCCGCUGCUUCCGACAACGCAGAUGAACCUCUUCUACAACGCGUAUCGACUGCUGUCGAAGCGCUUGCGAGACACGACGCUGGCGUUCACUAUCCAGAUGCAGCCCGGAGAUUUGGUGAUUUUCAACAAUCGUCGAAUAAUUGAGCGCGGGACGGGAGAUCUAGAGUCAUCUUGUGAUGUUUUCAUGCAAGGUUGUUAUAUGGACGCUUCAGAAAUCCUAGCCUGCUACGAGAAGAUGAAGAAAGACGAUGCUAUCGAUGAUCGCGAUCAUUGAAUCUUUAUACAAUCCACCGUUCAUACCUACUCUGGACAAUAAACUGUAUUUGCCAUGGAUCGAUU